AUGACUGCUUCAGUGGCUCAGAGUGCUUCCAUGAACAUGCUAGAUACAGAACCCACUAACACAGAUCUCCAACAGGAAGGAGAAAUUGAUAAAGAGCUCCAAGGAAAAUGUCUCAGAGUGGUCUCCGCGGUGACUCCUGUAAAGCUGUACUGCUGCUAUGGAGUGAACAUGGGUCUCACUGCAGCUGUAAUAAUUACACUUGCAGCUUUGUCAGUGAGAAAAGAAAAACUGGUCACUGAGUGCCCUGGACCUUGCUCUCCCACCUGCCCAUCAGACUGGAUUGGAUUUGGAAGUCAAUGUUUUCAUUUUUCCAAAGACACAAAUAACUGGGCACCCAGCCAGAACUCCUGCAUGGCACUAGAGGCCUAUCUAGCUCUGUUUGACAGCCUGGAGGAGCUGAAUUUCCUGAAGAGAUACAAUUGUGAUUCUGACCACUGGGUAGGCCUGCACAGAGAGUCACCAGAGCACCCUUGGAUGUGGACAAACAACACUGAAUAUAACAACUUGGUUCCUAUCCGAGGAGGAGGAGAAUGUGCCUACCUGAGUGACAGCGGAAUCAGCAGUGGCAGGUGCUACACACACAGGAAAUGGAUUUGUAGCAAGCCUAAAGCUAUUGUUUACAGGAUGGUGGGGAGCAGGGCAGCAGGACGUCAGGCAGAUGUGCUGUUGGAGCAGAGGAUGAGAGCUCCUAACUUAAGACAGGAAUCAAGAGGCAAAACGAGAGCACUUCUGGGGGAUGGUGUAGCUUUUGGAACACCAACCUCAGAGCUCAAUUGGCUCUUCCAGGCCAUCCUGCUGGUCUCUGCUUUUCCAGGCAGCUGGGCAUGUCUGACAGUGACUCUCAGCAGUCACUUACUGCUCAUGCACUCUUGGGGAGUUCAACUCAGUCUGGGAUCUAAGACCCUCACCUCUGACAAGGUCCAGGCCCUGCGGGAUUUACAGCCCCCAAUCACAGGGGCUCAGAUUCUCUCAUUUUUGGACCUGCUAGGGUUCUUCCAUCAUUGGAUCCCUAACUUUGCCAUUACAGCCAAACCUCUGUACCAGUCCGCCAGAGAGCUUCCAAUGUGGUUUCUCAUCCACCCGGCCAUCGUCUGCCACCACUUCUCUCUACUGCAAGAUGCCCCUUGCAGUAGAUGGUUCCUAUUCAAGGAGAUGGAGAAUGUGCCUACCUGA